AUGGCCACCUUGGCCUCGUCACCCCCGACCUCGCCCUCGUGGCCUAAACGACGCCCUCGAGCCUGGGCCCUCCGCUGUGAACGAUACUGCUGCGCAGCAGCAAGCUGCUUUCCACUCGCCUUCGUCUAUGGCAUCACCACAUGGGCAGUAUACGUCGCUGUCAGCAUAGGCGUCAGACCCUCACGCAGUGACUGGAUCGGUAUCCCGAGCUCCAUCCUCGCAUUUUCCCUCUAUGUCAUCCUCAACUUUUCAUACACCGUCGCCGUUUUCACCGAUCCGGGGUCACCGGUUUCUACCAGUCGCGGUGCCGACCGUCAUGAGUACAGCGCCCUCCUCCCUCCGAACACCCGGAGUUCACCUCAUAUACCGUCACCUCGACUGAUGGACCACCAUUGUCCCUGGCUGGCAACCUGCGUUGGACUGCAUAAUUACAAAGCAUUCCUGCUGUUUUUGAUCUACACAUCGUUAUUCUGUUGGGUUGUUUUUGGCAUUGCGGCCGUUUGGGUCUGGACCGAGAUCCUGAACGAUACCCAGUACAUGGAUACUAUUCUCCCGGUCAAUGUAGUUCUGCUGGCUAUCCUGGGUGGCAUCAUUGGAUUGGUUUUGGGUGGAUUCACAGCCUGGCAUAUCAGUCUGGCUAUACGGGGUACCACUACCAUCGAAUGCUUGGAAAAGACCCGGUACGUGUCGCCUUUGCGCAAAGCGCUAGAAAGACAGCGGAAUGAGCAACCGCCCAACAAUAACUACUGGGGCGAGCCGGGCGAGGAAAGCAUAUCCAGCCGACUGCAAGGAUAUGGUAAUCAGAUCAUCGAUGCCCACGCCAACGCAAUCCCGGGAGUGACCCGGGCCGAAGAGGGCAUAUCUCCUGGGCCGCGCCCAUCAGGGCCUCCGGACGGCUCGAGCAACGGUCUCACGCCAGCACAGCAAGCAUUAACCCGGUCAUAUGCCGAAAUGGAGCGACAGCGCGAGCACUCACGGUAUGAGGAGUAUCAAAACGACGAAGACAACGAAAAAAUGCCUAGCGCGUUUGACCUCGGCUGGCGGCGUAACCUGCUCCACCUCUUCGGUCCCCGGCCGCUCCUCUGGGCUGUGCCUAUUUGCAACACAACCGGCGAUGGCUGGCGGUGGGAGCCAAGUCCUAAAUUCCUAGAAGCGCGUGAGCGCAUGCGACAGCGUCGAGAGCAGGAAUCCACCGAGGAGCAACAAUACUACCGCGAGUUGUACCAGCGCAAUUUGGACAACAGUAAUAGUUGGAGGGAAAGCGCUUCACAACCGCAACGGGUGCCAAACCGCGGUAGCACACCUGAGCGGCCUCCGACCUCUGUAUCGAUGCAGACUCUUGCACCCCGGUCGCCGCGGCCGAGGCCUGGCGAUAGUGAUUAUGGGGAUGAUGUGGAAGGGAACGGGUUGUUGGAUCCGGGCGCUGGCCGCCAGCAGGCUACACGCCAUGACACUGAUGAAUGGCGGGCCUGGGACUAA